AUGACUCCCGCUGCGUCCAGCAAGGGAGGACAGGGUAUCCCUCUCAUAAACAUGAAUAUUGCGCUACUCUCCAGGGACCCUCGAUAUAUCCACCAAGACCACCCAAGAGCGGUGGCACCCCCACUCCGAAAAUUCACAGACAGCCACACGGACACAAUCACAUCGCUGGUGCUAGAUCCCCUCAGGCCCAACAUUCUGAUCUCGGGCAGCACAGACGGCCUAGUAAACGUCUUCGACGUCAGCAUUGCUGAAGAAGAAGACGCACUCUUCCAAGUCGUCAACCACGGGAGCGCCGUCCACCGCACCGGCCUCACUCCUGGCCCGCUCGACCGCAAGGACAUCUAUGUGCUCGGCACCGACGAGACGGCCUCGUUCCACGCGCUGGACGGCGAGGAAGUGGUCGAGAUGGCACCGUCGUCGGUGGUGAUGGGGGAUUUCCGAUCGGCUUUGGGAUGCGAGUACGCAGUCGAUAUCGUUGCUGGGUACAUCGCGGUGGGAAGCCAUCGGGACGCCCAGCACCUCGAUCUAAUCCCUCUCUCGAGGGAGCUCCCCGACAUGCCUAAUGUGAACGCCGUGACUAGGCUCCCGGGUGCUCAUGGAGAGGAUAUAGUGCGGGAUAUCUACAUUGAGGGCGAUACGACUUUCACAUGCGGUGAGGAUGGCAUAGUGCGGGCUUGGCGGCCGGCGGAAGAGGUAGCGGUGAAGGAGGAGAGGGAUGCAGAGUUCAGAAGUAGAAGGGAGAGAAAGAAGGGAGGAGAUGUCAAGAUCAAGAAGGAGGGGGAGAGGUUCAAGCCGUAUUGA